AGCAAACUAAGAAAAGGAAACACGGAUCCAAAACAAAGUAAAGAAAGAAAUGGCGCGAAACCCUCUCUCUCUUGUCUUUCUCUUUCUAGUCAUUUCUUUGCUUCCUCGAUCUUUUCAAGGAGCCACAGACUCACUACCAAGCUUUCCUUUGGCCCCUGCACUUUUCGUGAUAGGUGACUCCACCGUCGACUGCGGCACCAACAACUACCUCCCCACGCUGGCCAGGGCCGACCACCCUCCCUACGGCCGCGACUUCGAUACCCACACUCCGACUGGCCGCUUCUCCAAUGGCCGGAUCAUCGUCGACUUCCUCGCUCUUCGCCUGGGGCUGCCUUUCGUUCCGCCGUUCCUGGGACAGAGCGGCAGGAUUCAGGACAUGAUUCAUGGCGUCAACUUCGCCUCGGCCGCUGCUGGGAUCAUCUUCUACAGUGGCUCUGACCUGGGAGGGCACAUUUCACUGGCACAACAGAUACAGCAGGUGACUGAUACUUUCCAGCAGUUUGAGUUGAACCUUGGGGAAGUGGCCGCAGAUGAUUUCAUCUCUAAAUCCAUAUUCUAUGUUUCAAUUGGGAGCAAUGACUUCAUACACUGCUAUCUAAGCAAUUCAUCAAAUGUGAAAACUAUGUAUCAGCCAAGGGAGUUCAACAAGCUUCUUGCCACUACUGUCAAGCAGGAAAUUCAGAACCUGUACAAUGCGAAUGUACGAAAAAUUGUGGUUAUGGGAUUAGCUCCUGUUGGCUGCGCUCCUCACUACUUGAACUCCUACGGAAGUGAAGAUGGUGAGUGCAUAGAUGAAAUCAAUAAGGUUAUGGUGGACUUCAACUCUGUGAUGAAAGAGAUAGUGGAUAAGCUCAACCAUAACCUAUCUGAUGCCAUGAUCACAUUCUGUGAUGCCUUUCAAGGUUCCAUGGACAUAUUGGAUAACCGCCAACAUUAUGGCUUUGAGACGACAACGGAGGCUUGCUGUGGGGCUGGAAAGUACAGAGGCAUGGGGAUGUGCUUGGGGCCACAGAUGGCUUGUGAGGAUGCUUCAGUCCAUGUAUGGUGGGAUGAAUUCCAUCCGACUGAGGCUGUGAACAGGAUACUUGCGGAUAAUAUUUGGUCGGGGAUGCACACCAGCAUGUGUUACCCUAUGAAUCUUAAAGACAUGACAAAACUGAACCAAUAAAUGCUUGUUUGAUCU